AAAACUUCAAGGUGCAGACUCUGAAAGCUUGCUGUUUAGAGAGAGAGUGUGUGAAACAAAAACAGUGUUAGAGAGAGAGCUGAGCAAAAAUGGUGACCUUAAUGGGGGUUGCACGGGGUGGAAUGGGUCAGAUAAUCGUAGGUUUGGCUGCCGCUUUUCUAGUCCGAAUCUUAUCAUCUCCAGGUCCGUCUAUUUCGCCGGAAAAUGACACUGAAGACAAGGAUUCCGGCCAAAAUGACGACCAGGGAGAAGCUGAAAUCGCCGGAAAAAUUUCUCCCCUGACCUUGCAGUGGUCUAAUAUCACCUGCUCAUGGCUAAAUAAGGCUGGGAAACCGGUCAGGUAUUUGCUUAAGAAUGUCAGUGGAGAGGCCAAACCAGGAAGGCUUCUUGCAAUCAUGGGUCCUUCAGGAUCAGGAAAAACUACAUUGCUUAAUGUUCUUGCUGGCCAACUUUCAGCAUCACCAAGACUUCGACUUAUGGGCUGUCUCCAUGCAAAUGGACGGCCCACAUGUAAUGCGUCUUUUAAGAUAGCUUAUGUAAGACAGGAGGAUCUUUUCUUCUCUCAACUAACAGUGCGCGAAACACUAUCUCUAGCUGCUGAGCUCCAGCUUCCUGCACUGAGAUCACCCAUAGAGAGAGAGAGAUAUGUGGACGAUCUAUUAUUCCGUUUGGGUUUGGUAAAUUGUGCAGAUUCGGUUGUUGGUGAUGCCAAAGUACGUGGAAUAAGUGGUGGUGAAAAGAAACGGUUGUCACUUGCAUGUGAGCUUAUUGCUAGCCCGUCUGUCAUAUUUGCAGAUGAACCUACCACUGGGUUGGAUGCAUUUCAGGCAGAAAGAGUCAUGGAGACUCUUCGACAACUUGCACAAGAAGGGCAUACAGUGCUUUGCUCUAUACACCAGCCAAGAGGGUCAAUCUAUGCCAAAUUUGAUGAUAUAGUGCUGUUAUCAGUAGGUGAAGUUGUCUAUGCUGGCCCUGCACAAGAAGAGCCACUAUCUUACUUUGCAGGAUUCGGGUUUCAUUGUGCAGAACAUGUGAAUCCAGCUGAGUUUUUGGCUGACCUCAUUUCCGUAGACUACAGUUCUUCUGAAAGUGUAAAUGAUUCCCAAAGGCGAAUAAAUACCCUUGUUAAGGAAUUUCAAAGAAAUUCGGCACAUAUCUUAUAUGAAAGUUCGCUCUCCACCAUGAACCCAGCGACAAUUGGCAAGAAGGCUAUCAUCAAAAGGAAAGGUGGUUGGUGGAAGCAAUUCUGGUUGCUUCUAAAGCGUGCUUGGAUGCAGGCUUCUCGUGAUGGGCCCACAAACAAAGUUCGUUCUAGAAUGUCUAUUGCAUCAGCUUUGAUAUUUGGAUCAGUCUUUUGGCGAAUAGGAAGAUCUCAGACAUCAAUACAGGACAGGAUGGGUCUACUUCAGGUUGCUGCCAUAAACACUGCCAUGGCUGCACUCACAAAAACAGUCGGUGUGUUUCCUAAGGAACGUGCCAUAGUUGAUAGAGAGCGAGCUAAGGGGUCUUAUUCCCUAGGACCUUAUCUUUUUUCUAAGUUGUUGGCUGAGAUUCCUGUAGGAGCAGCAUUUCCACUAAUGUUUGGUACUAUUUUAUAUCCAAUGACACGGCUUCAUCCAAGUUUAUCUAGGUUUGGGAAAUUCUGUGGUAUUGUGACUAUGGAGUCAUUUGCCGCAUCUGCAAUGGGUUUGACCGUUGGGGCCAUGGUUUCCACAACAGAAGCAGCAAUGGCUUUGGGGCCCUCUCUGAUGACAGUGUUCAUUGUUUUUGGAGGUUAUUACGUUAAUGCUGAGAACACACCAGUGGUUUUCCGUUGGAUUCCUCGUGUUUCUUUAAUAAGAUGGGCUUUUCAAGGACUAUGUAUCAAUGAAUUCAGUGGCCUUAAGUUUGAGCAACAACAAUCGUUUGACAUUGAGACUGGAGAACAGGUCCUAGAGAGACUUUCUUUUGGGGGAAGCAGCAUAAAAGAUACAGUGGUGGAACAAGGACGGAUUCUGAUGUUCUGGUACUGGAUUACUUACCUUCUUCAGAAGAAGAACAAACCCAAGUAUCAGCAACUAGAGCCGCCACCUUCCAUGCCACUCCAACAGUUGGAGUGAAGCUUAGCUCCCAUUAAUGUUGGCUCUACUCAGAAUUAUCCAGAUGAGCAAACCCGAGAGAGAGAGAGUUAUCUGUAUCUAAUCUUCAUUAUAGUGCCACUAUUUGUUUUAUAGCAAGGAAUUUCCUAGUGUUUACUUGGUAAUGGCAUUUACCAAGCGGUUAGUCCUACUCUUUCCAUGAUGCAAUUUUUGAUGUAAUGAUAUGAUAAAUAACAUAGAUUUUCUAUUGCCAUAUGGAUCAUAAUAUGCUUUCCUUGUACCAUAGAACUUAAUCCAUCUUGAAUUGU